AUGGCCCAGUGGAUCACGAUCUUCUUGGCUCUGCGCACUGUCACAGCGGCCGUGCGAACCCUGCCGGAGCGCAUCGCGGUGGGGGAAUGCGUCGAUUCAACAGCUGGCGACGUGUCGUUGUACCCGGCGAAAGUCAGCAGCUUCCCCGACCCUGCCGUCACCGCAGCGGAAGCAGAUGUCUCUGCAGCAGCGCUGAUCUCGGUGGCAUAUGGAAACCAUUUCAAGGUGCUAACAGAGGAGCUUGCGAAGGAACAAUACGUCCUGACGCAGUGUGGCACUUCGCAACCCACGGAUGAAGAGGUGAAUGCCAUCGUGUCAGGUACCGGCUAUCAAAGGAAACACUUCAGCGUCCCUGUGCAGGACGUGACGGCCGCCUCCACCACGAUCUUAUCCUUCCUCCGGCGCUUGGGCGUGGAGGAUCGAGUGGCCUAUGCUGAUGCCUAUGCGGUGCACGGCUGUUGGCAGAAGGCGGCGUCCUGCGGAAGCACUUUGGAAUCCGCCUGGACCGGCAACGCAACAAAGCUUGAGGAGCAGUUGGACAGCGUGGAGGUAGUUUUCAUGGAUUGCAACUCCGAUUGCAGCAACGUGCGGGCACGCAGCAAUGCGGUGCACGUUCCUGCCACCAAGGACAAUGGAAACUUGCACAGUGCUGAGUACAUCAAGUUCCUGGCUGCGUUCUUCAACUUGGAAGAGCUGGCCCUGCGCACCUUCCAGGACACCGUGACCAGCUACACCGGGCGCCAGGCUUCGGCCAGCGCUCCGGUGGUGGCAUGGAUCCAGUGGAACAACUGGUACAGCCGCUAUGAGCUGAGUCAGGCCACGUUUAAACUUCAGCUGGUCACGGCUGCCGGGGGCCGAAAUGUGGACGCUGCUCAGCUGUCGCAGAGCGUUUCAUCCAUGGCGGUGGCGGAUGCAGUGGCCGGAAAUCCCGGAGCUGGCAAGACCUACUACGUCCCUGCAGGCGACGACAGGGCGGCGGCUGCCAACGCAUUGCUGGCAGCCAUGCAAGACGUGGACAUCGUGGUGGAUGAGACCUACGCCGCGGAUCCAGGGGCGUACAACUACAGCAACUUCCUGGAAACCUUCUACUUGACCUCUCAAAGCACCCAGAAGUUCUUGACCGCGCAGAAAGUGCUGCGCGUGGAUCGAUUUUAUACAAGCCUUGGUUCUCUGGACUGGUACGAGUCCAGGUUGGCUUUCCCGGAUUGGGCAGCCACAGGUCUGGCACGUUACGUCCUGGACGAUACGACGAAGCUGCCGCGCUACUUCCGCAACGUGGCCCUGGACAAGGCGCCUGAGCUGGUCACCGCGGAGUCGUGUGCGCAAAGUUUACCCAGCUGUGAUGCCAGCUACGCAACCUCGAUUGGGAUCCCCACGGAGUUUUCGAAGUCCACUCACUCGGUCCCUGCGGUCGGCCUGCUGGGCCUGCUGGGCCUGUGGGCCUUGUGA